GUUAAAGCUGUUACUUUCACAGCUUCUUGGGAGUGAGUGCUUUCUCAAGCCCGUCUUGCAAGGUGGGUCCUUUUUUGUUUUUGGCAGAAGGGAGAGGACAGUGAAAUGUGCUCUGAGUAGGGACGGUUAUGCAAAAGCAAGUAGGAGGAGGAAGCCAAGAGGGGAGUUGGUGAGUCAGAGGAGAAAAGCGCACGGCCCGGCUAGCAGUGAGCCUCUCAAAAGCAGCAGGGAAGCCCAAGCCACAAGGUCUGCCACUUUAGCACAAUGCUACUGCCUAAAAAAAUGAAGCUCCUGCUAUUUCUGGUUUUCCAGACGGCCAUCUUGGCUCUAUUCUUCUACAUGUACAGCCACAACAUCAGCUCCCUGUCUAUGAAGGCACAGCCCAAGCGCAUGCACGUGCACGUGCUGGUUCUGUCUUCCUGGCGCUCUGGCUCCUCUUUUGUGGGGCAGCUUUUUGGGCAGCACCCAGAUGUCUUCUACCUGAUGGAGCCCGCCUGGCAUGUGUGGAUGACCUUCAAGCAGAGCACCGCCUGGACGCUUCACAUGGCGGUGCGGGAUCUGAUACGGGCCGUGUUCUUGUGUGACAUGAGCGUCUUUGAUGCCUACAUGGAACCUGGUCCCCGGAGACAGUCCAGCCUCUUCCAGUGGGAGACCAGCCGGGCCCUGUGUUCCGCACCUGCCUGUGACAUCAUCCCACGAGAAGAAAUCAUCCCCCAGGCUCAAUGCAGGCUCCUGUGCAGUCAACAGCCCUUUGAGGUGGUAGAGAAGGCCUGCCACUCCUACAGCCACGUGGUGCUCAAGGAGGUGCGCUUCUUCAACCUGCAGUCCCUCUACCCGCUGCUGAAAGACCCUUCCCUCAACCUGCACAUCGUGCACCUGGUCCGGGACCCCCGGGCCGUGUUCCGUUCCCGAGAACACACAAAGGGAGAUCUCAUGAUUGACAGUCGCAUUGUGAUGGGGCAGCAUAAGCACAAACUCAACAAGGAGGAACAACCCUACUAUGUGAUGCAGGUCAUCUGCCAAAGCCAACUGGAGAUCUACAAGACCAUCCAGUCCUUGCCCAAGGCCCUGCAGGAACGCUACCUGCUUGUGCGCUAUGAGGACCUGGUCCGAGCCCCUGUGGCCCAGACUUCCCGAAUGUAUGAAUUCGUGGGGUUGGAAUUCUUGCCCCAUCUUCAGACCUGGGUGCUUAACAUCACCCAAGGCAAGGGCCUGGGUGACCAUGCCUUCCAAACAAAUGCCAGGAAUGCCCUAAAUGUCUCCCAGGCUUGGCGCUGGUCUUUGCCCUAUGAAAAGGUUUCUCGACUUCAGAAAGCCUGUGGCAAUGCCAUGAAUUUGCUGGGCUACCACCACGUCAGAUCUGAACAAGAACAGAGAAACCUGUUGCUGGAUCUUCUGUCUACCUGGACUGUCCCUGAGCAAAACCACUAA